AAACAAGAUGAAAAAAAUGACUUUAGUUUUUGGAUUUAUCUAAACCAGAUAGGCUAAUAAUUCAACACAUAAGAAGAAAUCUAUAAUCUAACGAUCGAAAAUCACAUUUUCAACCUGAACAGCAACUGGCAACACUGCCCCAUCUGGAACGGUAUCCUUUCUUCUGCGCAUGAACAAGGAUACGCAAGAAGCAACAAUAAUAAAGUGCAGCAAACUGUCAAACCUUCGCCAGGAUGCAAACAUUUCCCUAGGUACAAACAGUUCCUUACUAUUAUUCGUUAGUAACAAACCAAAAUCUAUACAAAAACAUUCCUUACGGAGAUCACAAAACGGGAAGUUGGUGAUUUUCAAGAAACUUUGUUAGCAUGAGUUUCGCGUAUCGUAACAGUUUCCUGUUACACUACAUCGUUCUAUGCACUACCCUUAUUCACGGACCCGUGCCGACAGUAGGUGCGAAGGGACCCCAUCAUCCUGGGGGUGAAUUUAGUCGAAAAGCCGAGAAACAUCAUUUGGAUGAUCAUUUACAACCUGAACGAGAACAUCUUGAAGAUGACUUAAAGCGUUUACCGAUUGGUGAGCAAAGUUUGACCGAAAUGUCGGAGGACGAGAAAAACUUUUACUACUUCAAGUUACAUGAUUCCGACAACAAUGACAAUCUCGAUGGGUUGGAAAUGUUACACGCGGCUACUCAUCACCAUAGCAAGACCGAGGGACAACUCCAUGGUAUAGAUCGAAAUUCAAAGCAAACUACAGACGAUCGAGCACCGUUUUUGGAAGAUGAAGAAUUUAACCAUAUCAUUGAGGUUAUCGAUGAUUUCAUCGAGUUUGCCGAUACCGACAAGAAUGGACUGUUAAACUAUCCGGAAUAUAUCAACGCAAUCAAUCUGAACGAUCCUAAAAUCGCACACGAAAUGGUAGACACCUCAAAUGAACCACAGUUAAACCCCCAAGCAGCUAGCUCGGAUGUUCCUACCGAAAUAUCUCAUACGAACGAAACUGAUGCUAAAUAAAACUAAAGCGAAAAAGUA